UUAUCACCUUUCUCUAUUUUCUCGCAAUAUUUUGUUCUAACCAUUUCAUUCCAACCAUCAAUCAAUUCCUUUCUUCUUCCCUCAAUUUCUCUUACUCCAUCUUCACCUUUGCUUUCUUUGUAAUUCAUUAAUGGCGGGAAAGGGAGAAGGUCCGGCCAUCGGUAUCGAUCUCGGUACCACUUACUCUUGUGUUGGAGUUUGGCAACAUGAUCGUGUUGAGAUUAUUGCCAAUGAUCAAGGUAAUCGGACCACGCCCUCUUAUGUUGCUUUCACUGAUACUGAACGUCUCAUCGGUGAUGCUGCCAAGAAUCAAGUCGCUAUGAAUCCUCUCAACACCGUCUUUGAUGCGAAGAGGUUGAUUGGUAGGAGAUUCUCCGAUCCUUCGGUUCAGAGCGAUAUGAAAUUAUGGCCAUUCAAGGUGAUCCCCGGUCCAGGGGACAAGCCUAUGAUCGUCGUCAAUUACAAAGGAGAAGAGAAGCAAUUUGCAGCUGAGGAAAUCUCCUCCAUGGUCCUUACUAAAAUGCGUGAGAUUGCAGAAGCUUACCUUGGUUCCUCCGUGAAGAACGCCGUUGUCACCGUUCCUGCUUACUUCAAUGACUCUCAACGUCAAGCCACCAAGGACGCUGGAGUCAUCGCCGGUCUUAAUGUUAUGCGUAUCAUCAACGAGCCUACAGCUGCAGCCAUUGCUUAUGGACUCGACAAAAAGGCGACCAGCGUUGGCGAGAAGAAUGUUCUGAUUUUCGAUCUGGGUGGAGGAACAUUUGAUGUCUCUCUCCUCACAAUCGAGGAAGGAAUUUUCGAGGUGAAGGCAACCGCCGGUGACACCCAUCUCGGCGGUGAGGAUUUCGACAACAGAUUAGUUAACCAUUUCGUUCAGGAAUUCAAGAGGAAGCAUAAGAAAGACAUCAGUGGAAAUCCAAGGGCCCUCAGGAGAUUGAGAACUGCUUGUGAAAGAGCCAAGAGAACCCUUUCAUCUACUGCCCAAACAACAAUCGAAAUCGAUUCUUUAUACGAAGGAAUCGAUUUCUACACAACAAUUACUCGUGCUAGAUUCGAAGAACUCAACAUGGAUCUCUUCCGAAAGUGUAUGGAGCCAGUUGAGAAAUGUUUGAGAGAUGCAAAGAUGGACAAAAGCUCCGUCCAUGAUGUUGUUCUUGUAGGUGGAUCUACAAGAAUCCCAAAGGUACAACAGCUAUUGCAAGAUUUCUUCAAUGGCAAGGAGCUUUGCAAGAGUAUCAACCCUGAUGAGGCAGUUGCUUAUGGAGCUGCUGUUCAAGCCGCCAUCUUGAGUGGUGAAGGAAACGAGAAAGUGCAAGACCUUCUUCUUUUGGAUGUUACUCCUCUAUCCCUUGGUUUAGAAACUGCAGGAGGUGUAAUGACGGUUUUGAUUCCGAGGAACACGACGAUCCCGACGAAGAAAGAGCAAGUUUUCUCUACCUACUCAGACAACCAACCUGGUGUUCUUAUCCAAGUCUACGAGGGAGAAAGAACAAGAACAAAAGACAACAACUUGUUGGGUAAGUUUGAACUUUCAGGCAUUCCUCCAGCUCCUAGAGGCGUUCCUCAAAUCACUGUUUGCUUCGACAUCGACGCAAACGGUAUCCUUAACGUAUCGGCCGAGGAUAAAACCACCGGACAAAAGAACAAGAUCACAAUUACCAACGACAAAGGAAGGUUGUCGAAGGAAGAGAUAGAGAAACUGGUUCAAGAAGCAGAGAAAUUCAAGGCAGAGGACGAAGAACACAAGAAGAAAGUUGAAUCCAAGAAUGCUUUGGAAAACUAUGCUUACAAUAUGAGGAACACAAUCAGAGAUGAAAAGAUUGGCGGUAAGCUUGCUCCGGCUGAUAAGAAGAAGAUUGAAGAUGCAGUUGAACAAGCAAUUCAGUGGCUAGAUAGCAAUCAGCUGGCUGAAUCGGAUGAAUUUGAAGACAAGAUGAAGGAACUGGAGUCAAUUUGCAACCCCAUCAUAGCCAAGAUGUAUCAGGGCGGUGCCGAUAUGGGCGGUGCUGCCAUGAAUGAUGAUGCUCCUCCUUCUGGUGGUAGUGGCGCUGGUCCUAAGAUUGAAGAAGUGGAUUAAACAUUUUUUUCUUCUUCCUCAGGUUCAAGCUUAUGGUGAUGUGUAUUGUAAUUGCCAUUUCUGUUUCGAUUUAAGUUUUUGAAGCUUUGGUAUUUUUCUACGUAGUUCUUUUUUUUUUUUUUUCUCUGUAUGAAAUGUAAUUCUUCUCGUAUUUGUAGUUGCUAAUAUCUGUUUUUUCAGUAGAAUGGUGUUAAAUUUUUAACUAAAAUGUUGUUUAUAUGUUAAUCAUUUUGACA